CGGCUCGGCUCCCGCUCCGCCCCGUCCUUCCCCCCUCCCGCCCCGCCGGCUCCGCCCCGGAGGCCGGCACGCUGGCUCGCUCCCUGCCUGGGAACAUGGCCGAAGUCGGGGAGGACAGCAGCGGGGCGCGGGCUCUGCUGGCGCUGCGCUCUGCGCCCUGCAGCCCCGCCGCCGCGCCCCCUCCCGGGCCGCCGCCCCCGGCCGCGCCGCCCGCCCCCGGCCCGGUGCUGGCUCGGCUGCAGGGCCGCGAGUUCGAGUUCCUCAUGCGGCAGCCGGCCGUCACCAUAGGCCGCAACUCCUCGCAGGGCUCGGUGGACGUCAACAUGGGCCACUCCAGCUUCAUCUCCCGGCGGCACCUGCAGCUCAGCUUCCAGGAGCCGCACUUCUACCUGCGCUGCCUCGGCAAGAACGGAGUCUUCGUGGACGGCGCCUUCCAGCGCCGCGGCGGCCCGGCCCUGCAGCUCCCACCGCAGUGUACUUUCCGUUUCCCUAGCACGGUUAUAAAGAUCCAGUUCACAUCUUUAUACCACAAAGAAGAAGUAAAAGAGGAAGCUUCAUCGCCUCCCCUUCGGCCUCUUUACCCUCAAAUUUCUCCUCUGAAGAUCCACAUCCCGGAGCCGGAUCUCCGCAGUGUGGUCAGCCCCCUCCCAUCCCCCACUGGCACAAUCAGUGUACCCAACUCUUGCCCGGCCAGUCCACGUGGUGCUGGAUCCUCAGGAUAUCGUUUUGUUCACAACAUUACCUCGGAUCUGCAGCUGGCAGCAGAGUAUGCGGCAAAAGCAGCAUCAGAACAGCAGGCAGAUGCAUCUGGCGGGGACAGCCCGAAGGAUGAGUCCAAGCCACCCUACUCUUAUGCUCAGCUAAUUGUGCAGGCUAUAUCUUCAGCACCAGACAGGCAAUUAACACUAAGUGGAAUCUAUGCCCACAUUACCAAGCAUUAUCCGUACUACAGGACUGCUGACAAAGGCUGGCAGAAUUCCAUUCGGCACAACCUCUCCUUGAACCGUUACUUUAUUAAAGUCCCACGCUCCCAGGAGGAACCUGGAAAGGGAUCCUUUUGGCGGAUUGACCCUGCCUCUGAAGCUAAACUAGUAGAACAAGCAUUUAGAAAACGAAGGCAAAGAGGAGUGUCCUGCUUCCGAACACCUUUUGGGCCUCUCUCUUCCAGGAGUGCUCCAGCCUCCCCUACUCACCCUGGCCUGCUGUCCCCUCACUCUAGUGGCCUACAGACUCCAGAGUGCCUGUCAAGGGAAGGCUCCCCCAUUCCACACGAUCAUGACUUUGGGUCAAAAUUAGCCUCAGUUCCGGAGUAUCGGUAUUCACAGAGUGCACCUGGAUCUCCAGUCAGUGCCCAGCCAGUGAUUAUGGCUGUUCCUCCUCCUCGGCCAUCUACUCUGGUGGCAAAGCCAGUUGCAUACAUGCCAGCAUCAAUAGUGACUUCUCAACAGCCUUCAUGUCAUGCAAUUCAUGUCGUUCAACAAGCUCCCACUGUUACAAUGGUCCGAGUUGUGACCUCCUCUGCAAACUCUGCAAAUGGAUACAUCCUCACGAAUCAGGGCACAGCAGGAGGAGCUCAUGAAGCUGCGGGAGCAGUGUUGGACUUAGCUGGUGACCACCGAGGUAUGGAUGAAAAGCCAACAAUCGCAUUUGCCACAAUACCCACCGCCAGCCGUGUUAUUCAGACAGUUGCCAGUCAAAUGGCACAGGGUGUUCCAGGACAGACAGUCACGAUCCUUCAACAGGCAGCUCCAGUGACCAUUGGACAGCAUCAGCUCCCCGUGCGAGCAGUCACCCAGAAUGGCAAACAUGCUGUCCCCACCAACAGCAUCACCGGCAGUGCUUAUGCUCUUACAAAUCCUUUGCAGCUUCUCGCAGCCCAGGCCAGCUCGUCCACUCCUGUUGUAGUCAGCCGGGUAUGUGAGACAGGGACUGAAGAGACAGCAGCAGCUUCUUCCAGCGAACCUGAAGUCAAAAGACCCCGGAUAGAAGAGUCCAGCGGAGCAGUCCAGGCCCAAACUGGAGUCAUCACAUCUGCAGUGCCACAAGGACAGGCAACCAGUGAAUGAAGAACCGGUGGGAGGAGCUGGAGUGGUGUGGGGUGGGCAUGGGAUGGCAGCAGCCCCUAAAGCAGCUUUCAAAGAAAACAAACCACAACUGUAACAGCUCUAAACAUAGCAAAUAAAGAGCUCUUUUUCAAGGCAGAUUUUUUUUUUAAAUGGGAGGUCAACAGCUGUUAGAAUCACAAGGUGCCAAAAAGACAAGAAUGGAAAACCCCUCCCAAGCACCCGUACCUGGAACUCUGUUCUGUCUUUACCUAUGGGAUAUUUUUUCCUUUUUUUUUUCUUCUUUGUUUUUUUUAAAGAUUCAAAAAAAAAAAAAAGAAAAAUACAGACAACUGAUUGUACGACUGCUGGGAUUUUCCUUAACUGUAUUUUCCCCUAUGGGCUCCAAGGGGAUGGGAUUUGCAGUUCAGCAUCUAAAGGAAUGUAACACAAAUACAUUCUGCUCCCUGGAAAGAAAACUCCUCAUUUUCUAUGCCUUAAUACUGCGCUUCUCAGAGCUUUGAAAUGUAGGACCAUUUUUAAAAGGCCAGCUAAGGCAGUCAAAUACUGAGAAAUGGGUGCAGUAUCUCACAACAACAGCAUUAAAGAAACAUGGUACCAGGCUUAAAGAAAAAGGCAGAUUAAUUUUUUUUUUCUAAAACAGAAAAAAAAAAUCUGAGUAUUAAUGAAUGUUUAUUUAUGAGGAGAUUCAGGAGGAAGAGUUGCAGAGCUCAACCUCCUGGAUUUCCAGAUGCAAUUUCUCUCCAUUCCCUCUGAGGGAGAAAGAGAUGACGGAGGAACUGUAUUAAUUUGGUUCCUGUAAAGAUAUUAAAGGGUUUUGUACCUACAGUGACUUCUUACAGUUAUUCAUCACUUCCUUUGGACAACAUCCCAAGUAUCUUUAUGUCUGAGGAUUGUGUGGGGAAGGGUGUCUCAGAGGUUGUAUGUGUUUCUGAUAUUGUUUUUGUGAUCACAUGUUCUCCAGCACCAGGGUCUGUUCAGAUUAGCACUGCAGAUCGAAGAUAUCAAAGCCACCGUCUCCAUAAAGCUAAGAAAAUGUUACCUGGUCUCCUGCCCUGAAGGUCUGCCUUUACCUUGACUGGUAGCAUCAUCCUCAACUAGACGAGUGAUGUUCAGGAUGCCAGAGCUGGGUAGAAAUCUGUCUCCAACCCUUUCCCAUGAAAGGAGGAGGCUGAUAUCAAUGUUCCUUUGUUAUUUUUCUGAGAGAAAGAUUAAGGACAGGUAUGAGAGGCUCAUACAGUAUUUAGUAGAAAUUAUGUGCAUGGAGACCAAGGCAAAAGAGACUUUUUAUUUUCCAUGUUUAAGAGUCAUUGGAGGCAUUAAACAGGUUUUCUGAAGGGAAUGCAGAGGCUUCCUUUCAUUCUUCAGCUCCCUCUCCUGUCUGCCUUACCUUUAACUGUUUGAGUUGGCCAGUAGAAGGAGGAAUUGUUUAAACUGUAUUCCAGGCUCUUCGUGCAGUACAACUUACAAGCAAAGCAGACUUGUGUGGAGAAAGUGGGUGUAUGUGGAACGUGUGACUGGCAAAGGAAUCAGCUUCUGCAUAGCUCCAGCUGACCUUUUCGGCUUUACACUUGUGUGUGAUCCCCUUAGUUAAUUUGUCUUCUGGCAACACAGCAGAGUCCCUGUAACUUAGAAAAUGCUAUACCUGUAUUAAUGGCAAAAGUGACUUCACGGGGAUGGGUAGGUUAAACCACAGCAAUUCAUGUCUUAUGAAAUUUGAAGAGGGGGAGAAAAUCCAUGCAGUAGCAGUUAGCAUCACUUGUUCCCUUCUAGGUUUCCUUUCUGUUUGCCAAAUCCUAUUCAAUAGCUCCAUCCCAGCACUUGAAUAAAACCCAAGUGCAUUUUAUUCUCAAGCCAAUUGUUUUGUGAGAAAUAUUUCUGAAAGUAAGAAAGAAUGUUGUGGUCUCAUGAUUUGUGGUCACAGUCUGCAGUCAUGGGCCCACAAAAGUAUUUGGGACGGUUCAUUUAUCUACAGCUAGGCCUUCAUAAUAUGUGUGCCUUCAGUGCCAAGUUAUUAGGCUGUGUUUUAGUACUUGGAAAUUAUUCUUGUGGAGGACUGUUCCAGCCCACCAAGUAAUUGAAGCAGGCCAACCUCUAGCUAUUAUGUUUCCUGUCAGGAGGACUAGGUGCAGCAGAGUGGAAAAGCAGACACGUCAGCUCUGUGUUCUCUGUAGCCUUUUCAAGGCAGAAUUCAAUAAAACAGGCUUUAAGGAAGAAGGUACAGGGGAGAGUGCAGCAUAGUUUGUCCGUGAUUAAUCAUUACAUUCAGAUGAAUGCUGUUAAGAUCCAGGCACACCUCUGAAACAGCCCUGAGGCUAGAGAGCUUUCCUGAAGCAGUCUUUGAUUUUCCAGCACGUUAUGUGAGUCAGCCCAAGAUGAGCAUCCAGCAGAGCACUGUCUGAAGCUGCCGAAUUUCUCUGGCAAAAUUUUUCUUUCUUUCUGCUUUCCUUUUAGAAGUUCAAAGUCAUUGGGACUGAAACUUCUCUGUGCUAGACCAGUACCAUAGCAAUGCAUCAGCUGAAUCGUGGUGUUCUCAUAAACCAGCUGCUACUUUAGUCAUACCUCGUAAGUCUGUCCUCAGGUUGACUCCACUGAUUUGCCUCCUCUGUAUUCGGAACAGAAUAAUACUUUCUCAGUCUUCCUUGUGUGGCUCGGAGUGCCUUGUGGUUUACGUGCAAGUUGGCCACAAGCAAAUCUCUCUGGUCUGUUCAGCCAUCUGCUGGAGGUGCCUGGAUCUCAUGGUUCAGCCCAUGGGGAGUUCUUUGUUACAUUGCUGCUGAGGGAGCUUUGGUGGGGAGAGGAGUAGGGCAUUUCACUGCGUCUGCUGCUGCCUGUAUAACAAAGGUCAAGGCAUGCUGGUUAGUUAACCUCCUAUAACGUGGACCUAGGAAGAUUUUCAAACUGGCUUCUUAACACAAGUUCUCUUUUCAUCGUGCCUCCCACAGACUGAUUUUGCUUUGAUUGUGGUCAGCUUACAGCAGCUUUUGUUGCCUUCAUUUGCAAAAGCUGAAUGCAGUUGUUUUGGUUUUUUUCCCCCUCUGAACUCCUUAGUUAUUGUUUUGUCUUGACUGUGGUUCUUGUGAUACAGGAAGCUUUUUUUACAGUGAGAUCAUUUAAUCUGAUGUAGUGAUAACAACACUGUGCUGAGCACAGAAAUGGAGUUCAUGAUUAGCUCAUAUAUUCCUCUUGACAACUUAUUCUCUCCAUCUCCCAUCUUCCAUCACAGGGAAGCCCUGUGCCAUUAAUUCUGCCCCUUGUAGCAUACACUCUCACUGUUAUCCACUGCCUGGAGCAGCACCUUGCUUAAGUUCUGGCCAAGGACACAAAGAUGAAAUUACCUGUGGGAUACAUGUAGCUUCAGAGCAUGAUGAGAAAGGUCAAUUUACUCGCCCUGUGUUAACCUGCAUUAUGUGUUCUAGAAAUGUUACUGCUGGGCACAGUCUGUUUAGGAGAGUGUUGUGAGAGAAGUAGUUAAAUAAUACCUGAUGCUUUUGCAUUGUGCCUGCAGUCAGUGCUGUGGUCUGGCUCCAGAUACUGGGAGGGAAUAAACUUGAUUUGCACAUGUUUUAGACAUCUGUCUUGUGUACUUGUAACUGUCAUUCACAAUUAACUUCCACAUUUUUCUCCUUUUUCAGUAGGGAAAUGCCAACAGUAAAACACAACUCAAAGAACAAAAGAUUAUACAGCUGUAUCUAAGCAAGUGAGAGUGACUGACCUGAGCCUUCCUAUGGGGUGAUGUGGAGCACUUUCCAUUGACUGCCAGAGAUGCUAAGUUCAAGUUAAAGCUUUUUGUCUGUCUUAGUAAGAGAGUUUCCUAGCAAGGUGUUCAGUGUUGCUCUGAGUGCACUAAUGUGUAGGUGACAGCCAGAAUGCUGAAUGAAAGGAGAAGCACUUCCCUGCUGCACAUGGUUUUGGGGUCUUUAACACAAGGGUCUAACCUAGGAAUAGCUCAGGACUUUUCCUGCAGGAUCAAAAGCUGUUUCCUCAGUCUUACUGUAUUUAAUUUCUAAAUUCAAACUGGCUGCUUGUUUCCAACUUCCUUGUCCCUCAGAUUUAAGCUGUGUCUCCUAGAUCAUAGUUUAUCACUGUGAUGAACAUAAAUCACAUAAAACUGCAGUGUUAGGAAAGAUCAGAUCUCAGGUCUAGAUUUCUGUAGAAUCAUAGACUGGCCUGAGUUGAAAAGGACCACAAUGAUCAUCCAGUUUCAACCCCCCUGCUAUGUGCAGGGUCGCCAACCACCAGACCAGGCUGCCCACAUCCAGUCUGACUGGAUGGGAUAGAAAAGGAACCGCUUUCCUUGGCCUGCUGGCUGUGUUUUGCAAAUACAGCCCUGUUUGGCUAGAAGUGUUCCAGAUUGCAUUUGUACGCUUUUAACUAUCUUGUCUAAGGAAGAGUGCCAAAUUGGUUCUUGCAGCUUUUUGAACAGGAGGCAGUACUGCAGGAUCCUGAUCACUUCUUACUGCUCAUGCUUCACUUCAUUCCAGUGGGAUCUAAGUUUGAGCUUCUGCACUCAUGCAAAAUCUCACAGGUUUGCCAGUCCUGCUGCUCAUAGAUUGGACUCUGGCAUUAAGGAAUGUGACUUGGUUUCACAACUUUGUCCCUACUUUGGGCUUUUGAGGUUACAAAUUCCAUCCUGCAGCUGAUGAUCUUUUCCCUUGUCAGCCAGGCUCUCGGUCAAGCUCUCAUUUCCUCUCUCUGCCACAAUUUUUCCCCUAUAUUUGUAGCUAUUUUUAUUGUCUCUGGAGUCCUUUAAUCCAGCUCCUAACUUAAUGCAAUUGCUUGAAGGUCUGCAUCUGGUGAGAAUCUGUAUGUUAGGUUGCAGUUGCACAACAGAUGGUUCAAUCAUGCAACUUCUUGUUUCCUUCUGGGUAAAAAUUAUGCCAAAGCUGCUAUUACUGUAGCAUAUACUACUGUCAUGAAGUGUAGCUCGCAAUGGAGCCAGCUGUGCUGAGAAGAACAAUCACUACAAUGUCAUCUGGCUGGCUGGAGCUGGUGAGGCUGAAGCAGUGCCUGUGUGUUGGUCUGGACCUACCCAGAACGUAGCUUUGUGCUGGAACAUCCCUGUGCCCAGCAGCUGGCUGACAGGGUUAGAUCAGCACACGCUGCUGGCCGGGUUGUUUGCAGGCAUGUGUAGUAAGCAACAGUAGAAUGCACCUAGCUGAGGUGGUGGGCUUUCUCUAUUAGGCAUCUUUCACAAGGCAGUAGUAGAGCAGGGAGCAUUAUACUUUGUGCUAAUCAAGGCAUUUUGAACAGCACUGGGGUUCUCUUGGAGCAACGUUGUUUAAAUUCCAACUUUUUAAUCGAGUUUGAUAUUUAUGCUUUUUUGAUACCUUUUGGAUUUACCAAACCUGAUCUAAACCCUUCCAAAGGUCUGGCUGGUCCUCUCCUCGUGUGUCACUUUACGUUUCAGAGGGAAUUUGUGCCAAGUCUACCCCUUUGCUCUCAAGAUAGAAGAACCCACUGACAAUUCAUGGGUGGCAGCUAAGGUAGAAACUCUUUAAAUAUUUUCUUUUUUUUUUUUUUCCAGAGAAUAUUAAAUUAGAUCUGUGUAAACAUAAAUUUUAUAUUUAUUAAUGUGUGUGAGUGUGUAAAUAUAGAUAUAUAAAUGG